UCUCUAAUUAAUCAUUUUUUUCCGUGAUCUUCGCUCGUCCGAUGGUAAAUUAUGAGAAGUCUGCUGACUUCUUUAUAUACAAAUAGACAUGUGUGCAGACUUAACAAAUAAAUGAAAAGUUUUAAUUUUAAUGCAUGCAUGUUUGCUAUCCGAAAUUUGGUAUGCAUACUUGAAAGUACAUAGUUCGAUUUUGUAGCACGUAUACUUGGUCUACAUACAUGUAGCAUUGUCUAUAUCAUGCUUAAGGUCCUGAAUGUAAAAAUUUAUUGUAUCAAACUGGCAUCAUUAACUUAAUUGAAUUCAUUUUGACAUUUCGAACUGAUAAGCAUACACCAUUAUUUUAUGUUCCGCGGAUUUUAAAAUGUCUUUAAAAAGGAAAAGUUAUAACGAAAGGUGGAGCCACGAGUUGGUAGAGAAGUUUAUAGACUCCAGAAUAAUCCUGAACGAAGUGUUUGUCCAGAAAAAGUGUAACGUACGGAAAUGUUGGGAAUUAGUUGGAGCCCAAUGCGGCUCAAAUGAACAUUGGUUCAGCCUUAAAAAGCGAUGGGAAAAUUUAUUGCAUAAAUAUAAACGUUUAAAAAAUACUCCUGCAGGCAGUGGCAGUGAAGGCGCUGAUAAUGCAAGAAUGUGGCCAUUCUAUAACAGAAUGCACAGUUUUUGUACUCAAAACAUUAAUAUCAAGCCGGCAUUGGUAAUCAACAGCGAAGAGACCAUCCCAGAAUCAAUUGAUGCAAAGCCAUUAAAGACAGCAUCUUCCAAUUCUCAGACUCCCCGGCAUUCCACUCUUCCACUACAUCAAAGCAACCAAGCUAUAGUGCAAUCAUCUUUACGCACCGAUAGAGCACUGAGAAAGGCAUCACGAGUUCUUACUAAGUUUUUGGAAAUACAUUUUAAUAUUGAAGUGGACACUUCGGAGUCUGAUUAAAGAAAUAAAUAGUUGUAAUCAAUAAUAAGGAAUUCAUGAAUUUAUGUAGCUAUUAUUAUAGUCGACAGUGUUACUGUGUCUCUUUUUUUUUAUUACUAUAUUUGGUCAUUUUAUUCAUAUUAUA